CAAAAGGCACCAAUAUGGCGGAGGCUUCCCUCGGGAGUUCGAGCCCAGUUGGUUCUUUGUCUUCAGAAGACCAUGACUUUGACCCAACAGCAGACAUGCUAGUUCACGACUAUGAUGAUGAGCGGACGCUGGAGGAGGAGGAGACGAUAGAGGGCGAGAGGAACUUUGGCGCUGAAAUAGAAGAUUUGGAAAAGGAGGGCAACAUGCCCCUGGAGGAGCUGUUGGCAAUGUAUCGCUAUGACCCAUCCGUCAGCACAGCUGCUGGGUCCAGCAGUAUGGACAGCUCAUCAGGGGAGCUUACAGACGAGCUACCAGACAUGACACUAGAUAAGGAGGAAAUCGCUAAAGACCUGCUAUCAGGGGACUAUGAAGAAGAGACUCAGUCAUCUGCUGAUGAUCUCACCCCUUCAGUCACCUCCCACGAAACUGCAGAUUUCUUCCCCAGAACACUCAGAUCUAACGCUACGUAUGAUGGAGAAAGGGAGUCUGAGGGAGAGGAAGAGGGUGCAAACCCAGAGGAGUCGAGAAAGGAGAUAAUGGUGGGGCCAGAGCACCAAGCAGAGGUACCCACAGGCCUCUGCAGUUACGGUGAUGAUGAGAAAGCAUAUGAGGAAGAGGACCAGUUACUGUGGAGUCCUGGAUUGAUAUCGGAGAGUAAAGUGAAAGAGUUCUUGUGGAAGGCUUUGUCACGGACUACAGACCAGAAAUCGGACAGUGAUGGCUAUAAAGAACAUGUACGCGAUAAUGAGCAGGUUUUGUACGAACUUGUGAAAUGUAACUACAAUACCCAUGAAGCCUUGGAACGAUACAGCAGAAAUGUGAAAUCUUCAAAAGAAGAGUCACCUCCCUGGUCUGAAGAUGAAUGCCGGAACUUUGAGCAUGCCCUUCAGAUAUAUGACAAGAACUUCCACCUCAUUCAAAAACACAAGGUGACGACAAGGACGGUAGCAGAAUGUGUAGCAUUCUACUACAUGUGGAAGAAAUCGGAGCGCUUUGAUUACUUCGUACAACAAAACCGAUUUGGAAAGAAGAAAUACAGCAGUUACCCUGGAGUCACGGACCUGAUGGACCGGCUGGUGGACGAGGCGGAGGGCAUGGCGGACACCACGUCCUCCGUGUGCUCGGUGGGGGCCGGGGGGAGGCUGGAGCCCAGCGCAGAGCAGCAGCUGGGGCUCCUCAACUCCAUCACGGCCAGCGACCUCACAGCCCUUAGCAACAGUGUGGCCACUGUCUGCAACCAAAGCGACUCUGUGGGCUGCCUGGACUCCUACAACUUCCCUCCUCUGGAGAGCUUACACCGGACGGCAGCAAUGAGCCACGAGGAGCCCCUGGACUUUGUCCCGAGUGCCGACGCGUCAGAGUGCCUGGGCCUGCUCGAGGGGGGCUUCUACCGCUCCGACCACCACCUGGGGCCCAUGAGCGCGUGUGGUGGCGUUGGGGGGGCGAGGGGAGGCAACGCCGUCAAGGACUGCGAGCGCGCCCCCAAGCGCAUGAAGAUGACACUGGCCCCCGACGCGUUCAUGGGGGACGUGUCCGUGGCCAGCCUGGGCAUGGAGUUUGACGGCAGUCGGAGAGCGCACCGCAUCACCGGCGCCAAGAUGGCCGUCUCGGUCACAGACUUUGCCGGCCUGGCCACGGCGGCCGAGCCCAACGGGUUCAUGGGCCCGCACGCACGGCACCAUCACCAACACACGGCCCUGCAGUCAGAGUAACACUUAACACACAUGCACACACAUGCACACACACACACGCACACACAUGCGCAUUCGAACACACAUUUGCGCGCACAAACACACACACACUUAUUCACAUUUGAACACCACAUUGUAUAAACCAUGUACAUAGACUCACUGAAAAUGUUUCUAAAAAAAAGGAAAAGUUAUAAAUAUAUACAUUUACCUUUUUGUUUCAUUUUGUUAUAUAAUAUGACAUCAGUGAUGUCUUUUAUUGUAUAGAGCAAGAAAGAAGUCUUGAUUUCUCAAGAGUUUAUAUAGCCAUUUAUUUUACCUGGCCUUAGAUUCUUUGUAUACUCCUUCAUAAUCCUUGUGAAUGUUUUGGUGAGUCUUUAUUCGUCCGUCAGACUUGGCUUCUCUCAGUCCGUCAUUUGUCUAUUCAAGCCAGAGAUGCUGCCAGAAACUGCAUUUUUUUCAUUGUUUCAUUUUGAAGCUAUACCUAGACAUGUCUGUGUUUACACCAACCUAGACUGACUAGGCUUUUUUGCUUAUGUAGCAUUUUUAUUAUGUGUCUUUAUUUGAUAUGACAUGCAGUAAGAGCCCAAGAGGCCAAUACUACACAAGAGAGAAGAGAAGAGCACUUUUACCAUUUGUUUGCUUAUUGUUUUUAGUUUUUUGCAUCAUGUCUUUCUCUUUGGUUUCCUCGCCUGGGAUGAUUCACGCAUGCAACUUGGCUUGCUAUUUUUGUCUGUCGUAUUGUCUUUUUUUUUAACCAACACCACAUAGUGGACCAUAGAUGGCUUUGUGAUUUGGUAAUGUGCAAUGUUUUAUGUCCAGAUCAGUUCAUAUCUUCCCUGGCUGAGAACGUUGGGUGUGAUCAUGCUUUCUUUUAAAAAAGGUGUAUUAUACCAUUGAGCUCUUCCUCGGGGUGGCACAAAUGACUUUUUGUCGCACCUCUUAGAUUAGUACCGUGUGCAACAGUUUGUUUAAACACUAUUAGAAGAAUUGAUGCAAAUACCACUGGGCACGUUUUGUGAGUGAAAAAAAAAACACUGGGGUUAUUUUUGAGUCAUGGUUGAAAAAAUGUCACAUUUACCUGCUUUUAGUGAACUAAGCAAGUGUGUUUUGUGCAUUCAGAGGAAAAGUCUUUGUAUCUUACCAGUAGAAUUUUAAUACAAAAUGUGAAGAAUGUUAAAACUUUUUGUACAAAGUCCAUUCACAAAAGCAUGCCAACGACUACAUCAUCUUGGCCACAUUGGCUACCGUCAAUAUUUGUUCCUUUCUUCCCAUAUUUUACUUCUUACUUUUCUGUGGUGACAAAAAGAUUCUGGGAGCAGUUGCCAUCUUUGGCACCAUGUGGGGUACUCCAUAACAGUCCGGAGGGGUUCCGGAUAGUGCAUGUUGGAAUGGUGAACGGCUCAAAGAUUGUGAGACUUUUUGUCACUGGAUCUUAAAAGUGGUCAGUAUUAUGCUGUUUUGUGUUUUUAAAUGUGCCCGUUGUCUGUAUUCAGUAUUAUUGAGUGGGGGAAAUGUGUUUCUGUUUAGGAUUGCUAGGCAGUGUUGGUUUGAAAAGAAAUUGUGUGGGAGGUAACCGUGGAUUUUUAUUUUUUUAAAUUUGUUUUUAUUUUUAAUGUAUCGCAUUUGUCUAUGCAGACAUUGAUUACUUAAUUUCAGAGGAUGAAGGUACAUGUUGCAUGUCAAGCAUUCUCUUUUUAAAGCCAUAUAGUACUUCUGUGAACCAUUUAUGGACACAUAUCCAUCAUCCAUCAUGUCACAUGAUUCAUUUUCAUCACGAUCCAGCUUGGAAAUAAUUCUGUGACGAACAAUGGUAGACACCCUGAGCUUGUACAUUCACGUGUACGUCAUUAAGGGAAUUGCUGAUGCAAAAGCUUCCAAUUACUGUUAAGGUCCUGAGGCAAUAAUUUGUAGAUAAUGUAUAGACGUCUCAUAUGCUACAUUUUUGUCUGUUUACAGGUUUAAGAUUUGUAUGUUUUUCAUUUUUUGUUUCGUAUCUUUAAUCAAGACUCAUCUAAACCAUGCAUGCAACCACUCUUUCUUUGUGAACCACUAUUUUUUUUUCUCUCUCUGCAAUUCUGUAAAAAGUGUUAAUAUAUUGUUCAAUAUGGCACAUGCUUUUGAAUCAGAAUAACACAAGAUAAUUUCACCUUUUAAAAAAAAACAGCUAAUUGAUGUCUGUUGUGACGGAUAACCUAAUGCUGAAAUUGGUAUGAUGUGGUUGUGGGCAGGUUAGAGUUGCCCGUCACUGGGUUGUUGACUGGGGAUGAGAGGUUGUCAUGAAUGCAAGGCAAGUGGUGAUGGGCCUUUUUUUAAAAUACAUUUGGACAGACGCAGUAUUAACCAAAUUAUUAUCUAAAGUCUUUCCUUGCUUAAUGUUCAAAUAAGGCUUUAAUCUUACUGUAUUUUGGCAUGUGUCAUUUCUUUGUACUGCAUGAUAAGUAAUUUUUUUUUAUUUUUUUACCUUGGGCUGUUUCUUGCCUAAAGCUCUCACUAGUAAAUGUUGAUCCUUUGGAAGGCAGCUAAAUUCUCACUGUCUUUUAAUUAAGGAAAAAAGAGAAAACGUGCAACAUGAUACGCCAUCAUAGCCUGUGAACAAUUAUUUUAGGUACAGCCAGACAAAUGUUACCCUUAGAUGAACAACAGCAGUUUUGUGGAAUGAGUAAUGUCAAUCAUUCAGUGAUUUGGAUCUGAACGUUUGAAAUUCAGAUAGAUUUGGACGCGUGCAAAACAUAGUGUAUCUAGGUAGUAUUUCCCUAUUCUAUACCCGUGUUUGUCAUUUUCAUUUUUUUUCACCACCCCACACGUAGAGGUACUGGAACAGUAUUUUAAUGGAUGUGGUCGACAGAGAGGCUUCCGAAGCCGUAUGCUGAGUUGUGGUUUAAUGGCCAAGUUGAAGCUGUGCAAUGUCUCAUCCUACUCAUGGUUCAUAACUUUUUGAAGAAAAAAAAAGAUGGGUUUGAAUUGUAUUGGAAUGUAAAAGCUUUCAGCAACCCUUUGAUCUUGUACAUUUUGAUAUUUCAGUGAAAUGUUUUGUAGUUUUGUUAGUGAGUAGGCACUAAAUUUUCAAUUUUCAUUUGAAAUGGAGAUUGAGUAAACAAUUUAGAGGAAAAAUGAGAAAAAUGAAAAAUAUAUCUGUGAAUAAUACCAACAAAUACUUUAAAUGUAUAUUCAGAAAUAUAGACAAUCAGUACAUUUAAUAUUUGAACUAUUUGAAUGGAAAUCUUUAUUGUUUAUAUAAUGUGUACAUAACUUUUUUCCCCUUUUGGUUAGCAUUAUUUUGUAUUUUCUGUUGUACUUUAAUACUUGGUGUAUAUAUCCAGAAAUAAAAAUCUGGAAAUUGUCUCGAUUGUGCAUAUCAUUUCUUGAAUCUUGGAAGACUUAGAUAUAGGUUCAUCCAAGUAAUGCUGACAAGUACAACCCCACCAAAAAGAUACAUUUAAUUAAAAAAAAAAACUACAUUAACUGAGUUAACCGACUCUCUGGGCGUUAAUUCAAUUUCAACCUUUACCAAUCUGACACUCAGACCUCAACCACUGAUGAAAGACAGGCUUGAGAGCACAUAAUAAAGUUUGUGUUAUUCACAUCGAACAUGAGCAGCCAAAGCAAUCAAAUUGUGAUGAACAAAAUGUAAGUUUAGAUGUAUCACCACCACCACAUUAAUCCUGGGAAAACUGACUUUUUGACAGAACUAGAGUAUGCUCUGUACGGGACGCAGUCCAACAUGCCCAAAUAUAGAUCACAAAGCAUGUCACACUGGUGGCCCAGUGUCUGGGCACAGUCAUGAAGGUUAGUACACAGAUAAAUACUUCAUAUUGUAGGGACACUAAAUUUCUAUACAUCAGAAAUUUGCAAGUGCCAACCCAAAUAAACAUGUCAAGACACUAAAAUCAUAUUAAAUACUUUUAAUAGUAGUGAAGACCGCCUGUAUCCCACUGUGUCCAACGUCACUCCACAGAAGCAGCAGGACUGUUCACUGUACAGACUAGACGUCUUGCCUGUCUGUGAAAUAUGAUGGUGUGUGGACUGACUGGCAUUGUCGAGAUCAACUGGGAGGGAGUAAUGAUUACGGUAGCAUUAAGUGCAAUUUCAAACGAAAGCAGCUUUGGACUGAGUGUGGUGAUGCAAGAUGUACUUAUUGUGAGAGAAACUGGACACUUCCCAGAGCUUGUUUUCUCAAGUAGGACUGUCACCAGUACACUUUUCAAGACACUCAACCUCCUCUUGGGUUAAGAUUUCCGGUGCAAGAACACAGUCCAUGAACCAACAAUUCAAAAUCAUCCAGUAAAAUAUCUACAUCUUUAAAAAUAUCUUUAUGUACAUUUUUCACAAAAUAAAAAUUAAAUUAAAUGUUCUUUUGUAUGUAUUUGGUAAGAUGAAACAUGGCAGCAAAGUCCUCAUCGUGUGGAGGAGUAAAUUAGGCAAUAACUGAAGAACGGAGGAAAAAAAAAAAAAAAGAA